UUCAGGCCACAGCCUGUUCAUUGCAAUUUCAAAAUGAUUAAGCACCUGGCUGUGCUGAUAUUUUUGCUUGGUUCUGCGGCUGCCCAGGUUCCCCGUCGAGAUGCUGAGUGGCCGCCGCCAGCUAUUUUGAAAAUGGCUCAGCAUUUUCAUGAUCUCUGUGCCCCCAAAACAGGAGUAACAGACGAGGCCAUCAAGGAAUUCAGCGAUGGCCAAAUUCACGAGGACGAAGCUCUCAAAUGCUAUAUGAACUGUCUCUUUCACGAAUUCGAUGUCGUUGAUGAAAACGGCGAUGUCCACAUGGAGAAGCUGUUGAAUGCUAUUCCCGGUGAAAAGCUCCGUAAUAUGAUGAUCAAUGCCUCGAAGGAUUGUAUUCACCCGGAGGGCGAUACUUUGUGCCACAAGGCCUGGUGGUUCCAUCAGUGCUGGAAAAAGGCUGAUCCUGUUCAUUAUUUCUUGGUCUAAGUUUUAAAGCUCAUAUAUUUAAAAUAGUGCGGAAACAUAAUCAGAGAAUAUUAGCAAUCCUAAAUUUAUUAUUGAAUAUGUUUUAUAUAAAAAUAAAUGGUUGCAGCACAUUAAGUAGAAACGCAAUCAACAAAAAUUGA